AUGGCACCUAAGAAGCAACAACCUUCUGAUAAGAACAAAGCCAAAGCUAGAGCUCAAAAGGUCGAUGACAAAACCUUCGGUUUAAAAAACAAGAACAAAUCCAAAAAAGUUCAACAACAAAUUGCUCAAAUCAAAACCAAUGCUGAUGGAGGUUUAGCUAAGAAGAAAGAAGCUGAAGCUAAAAGAAAAGCUGAAGAAAAGAAAGCCGCUGAACAAGCUAAGAAAGAAGCUGCUGCAUUAUUCGGUAUUCUGCAACAAAAAGUUCCUUUCGGUGUUGAUCCUAAAUCAGUAUUAUGUGAAUUUUUCAGAAAAGGUGUUUGUACUAAAGGUAAUAAGUGUAAAUUCUCUCAUGAUAUCAAUGUAGGAAGAAAAGAUGCUAAGAAAGAUUUAUAUACUGAUGCUAGAGCUGAGAAGGAAGCUGAUACCAUGGAUCAAUGGGAUGAAGAAAAAUUAAGAAGUGUUAUUAUGUCUAAACAUGGUAAUCCUAAAACUACCACUGAUAUUGUUUGUAAAUAUUUCAUUGAAGCGGUUGAAAAUGGAAAAUAUGGUUGGUUUUGGGUUUGUCCUAAUGGAGGUAAUGAAUGUAAAUAUAGACAUUCUUUACCACCAGGAUUCGUAUUAAAAACUAAAGAACAAAAGAGAUUAGAAAGAUUAGCCGAAGAAAGUGCACCAAAGAUUACUUUAGAAGAUUUUAUUGAAUUAGAAAGAGGUAAAUUAGAUAAAUCAAAAUUCACACCAAUAACAAUUGAAAGUUUCAAUAUAUGGAAAACUAAAAAAGCUCAAAAGAAAGAAGAAAAGGAAAAAGCUGAAAAGAAAAAGAAAACUGGUAGAGAAAUUGUUAUGGAAUUAUUAUCUGAUAAAUUCUAUACUGAAGAAGAAAAUAAAGAUGAAUGGGAUUUAUCAGAAUUCAAGAAAGAUUUACCUGAUAUUGAUGAUGGUAAUAUUAAAGAUUAUGGUGAUGGGAAUGUAAGAUUUGAUUUACAACCUGAUUCAGAUGAUACUGUAGUGGACAAUCAACAACAAACAAAAGAACAAGUUUCAGCUUAA